AAAAGUAAAAGUCACCCAAAUCGAUUUUCAUAUAAAAGCAUUUGCCUCCGAAUCUGGUAUCAUACUCCGGUUAGGACAGUUCUCCAGUGAUCAACAGCACUUGCAUCCAGUUCUCCAGUUUAAUUCACAAUUUUUAAUAUCAAUAUGUUGAAAUUCAUCACAAUUGCCGUUGUCGCUUUGAUUGCCUGUGCUGCAGCUGCACCAGGACUUGCAUCUUUGGGACAUGGACCCAUUUUGGGAGGAUAUGGUUCACCCUAUGGCUCACCAUAUGGCCUUUCGGCGCCAGCUAUUUCCUAUGCUUCUCCAAUUGCCAAAAUUGCUGCACCCAUCUCGUAUGCUCCUGCCAUCACUAAGAUCGCUGCACCAUCUUAUGCACCAUUGGGAUUGGGUCUGGGACAUGGAGGACUUAUCGGUGCUCCAUUGGGAUUGAGUGCUCAUGGCUUGGGAUUGAGUGCUCACGGUUUGGGAUUGGGUUUGGGUGGGCAUGGCCCAAUCUGGUAGACGAACCAAUUUAAUGUAUUCGCAUAAAUGUAUAUGCGAGUAUUUAUGAUUUUGUGUUGUUUGCCGUGAAGUGUUUGUGUCUGAAUUGGAUAUUAAAAAAGAUACCGCUUGAUUUUGAACAGAAAAA